GGCGGACCUCUGCGCGCUCCCGGCCGCUCGCUGGCUCCGGGGCCGCGGCGGCUCCUCUGCCGGGUCGCGCCGGACGACGGGCUUCGGGCGGCGGCCCCGGCGGCCUGCGGACGGACGGGUGGGCGGAGGAGCAGGCCCCGCGGCCUCCGUCUCCCGCUUCUGACCGCGCAGGGCCCGCGCCAUGGCCGCCUCGCCGGGCUCGGGCAGCGCCAACCCGCGGAAGUUCAGUGAGAAGAUCGCGCUGCACACGCAGCGACAGGCCGAGGAGACGCGGGCCUUCGAGCAGCUCAUGACCGACCUGACUCUGUCGCGGGUUCAAUUUCAGAAGCUUCAGCAACUGCGCCUUACACAGUACCAUGGAGGAUCCUUACCAAAUGUGAGCCAGCUGCGGAGCAGUGCGUCCGAGUUUCAGCCGUCAUUUCACCAAGCUGAUAAUGUUCGGGGAACCCGCCAUCACGGGCUGGUGGAGAGGCCAUCCAGGAACCGCUUCCACCCCCUGCACCGAAGGUCUGGGGACAAGCCAGGGCGACAAUUUGAUGGUAGUGCUUUUGGAGUCAAUUAUUCCUCACAGCCUCUGGAUGAGAGUUGGCCAAGGCAACAGCCCCCUUGGAAAGACGAAAAGCAUCCUGGGUUUAGGCUGACAUCUGCACUUAACAGGACCAAUUCUGAUUCUGCUCUUCACACGAGUGCUCUGAGCACCAAGCCCCAGGACCCCUAUGGAGGAGGGGGCCAGUCGGCCUGGCCUGCCCCAUACAUGGUAGGUUUCUGUGAUGGUGAGAAUAAUGGACAUGGGGAAGUAGCAUCUUUCCCUGGUCCAUUGAAAGAAGAGAAUCUGUUAAAUGUUCCGAAGCCACUGCCAAAACAACUGUGGGAGACCAAGGAGAUUCAAUCCCUGUCAGGACGCCCUCGAUCCUGUGAUGUUGGAGGUGGCAAUGCUUUUCCACAUAAUGGUCAAAACCUAGGCCUCUCACCCUUUUUGGGGACCCUGAACACUGGAGGGUCAUUGCCAGAUCUAACCAACCUCCACUACUCCACGCCCCUGCCAGCCUCCCUGGAAACCACCGACCACCUCUUUGGGAGUAUGAGUGUGGGGAAUAGUGUGAACAACAUCCCAGCUGCUGUGACCCACCUGGGUAUAAGAAGCUCCUCUGGUCUCCAGAGUUCUCGGAGUAACCCCUCCAUCCAAGCCACACUCAAUAAGACUGUGCUUUCCUCUUCCCUAAAUAACCACCCACAGACAUCUGUUCCCAGCGCAUCUGCUCUUCACCCUUCGCUCCGUCUAUUUUCCCUUAGCAACCCAUCUCUUUCCACCACAAACCUCAGUGGCCCGUCUCGGCGUCGGCAGCCUCCCGUCAGCCCUCUGACACUUUCUCCUGGCCCCGAAGCACAUCAAGGUUUCAGCAGACAGCUGUCUUCAACCAGCCCACUGGCCCCAUAUCCUACCUCCCAGAUGGUGUCCUCAGACCGAAGCCACCUUUCCUUCCUGCCCACAGAAGCUCAAGCCCAGGUGUCCCCACCACCCCCUUACCCUGCGCCCCAGGAGCUCACCCAGCCCCUCCUGCAGCAGCCCCGCACCCCUGAGGCCCCUGCCCAGCAGCCCCAGGCAGCCUCGUCACUGCCACAGUCAGACUUUCAGCUUCUCCCAGCCCAGGGCUCAUCUUUGACCAACUUCUUCCCAGAUGUGGGUUUUGACCAGCAGUCCAUGAGGCCAGGCCCUGCCUUUCCUCAACAGGUGCCACUGGUGCAACAAGGUUCCCGAGAACUGCAGGACUCUUUUCAUUUGAGACCAAGCCCAUAUUCCAACUGCGGGAGUUUCCCAAACACCAUCCUGACAGAAGACUCCAGCACCAACCUGUUCAAAGACCUCAACAGUGCGCUGGCAGGCCUGCCCGAGGUCAGCCUGAACGUGGACACUCCAUUUCCACUGGAAGAGGAGCUGCAGAUUGAACCCCUGAGCCUGGAUGGACUCAACAUGUUAAGUGACUCCAGCAUGGGCCUGCUGGACCCCUCUGUUGAAGAGACGUUUCGAGCUGACAGACUGUGAACAGAAGGCAGUGGAACAGAAGAAUGUUUUUUCUGCAACAGCCAAAAUAGAAUGGAAUAGAAUGGAGCCAGCUGACUGCCGGCUUUCGUUAUCUUGACAUAGAAGGAACCAAUGCCACAGCUCCAGGCUUUCAGAUGAGGUCCCAUCUCAGACACUGUGGCUUCCUCCAGAUCACACGGCUAUGUACUGCCUCUCCAGCCUGUGGCCAAAGUCAUGUUGCAGCAGGCAGGCUGCUUGGAGCUUCCCAUGAACUGGAAAGUUCAUCUCCAUUGCAUCUUUUUCUUGGCCUUCCAGUCCAUCGAUGUGUAAGAGUAGGAAAUAUCAUGUCACUGGAGGCCUCCGUGGCAUUGUGUAGUGCUCAGAACCACUGAUCUCCAGCUGCACCGAAGGCGAGUCCGGAGUGGGAGGCUCAGCCUGGAGUGGUGGCCCGGAGAGGGCACCUCGAUGCCUGCUCUGACCUGACCCGGAGGCCGAGGCCCUCCAGCAGGGGACAUUCCCAGGCUGAGCGGACCCCAUGGCUCUCUCCCAUGCCUGAUUUAUGACAUGAAGAAGUUUUUGCCACAAGUCCGAAAGCAGGCUUGAGUUAGGCAAACUGAAGGCUAAUUUUCAUUUUCUCCCAGUUGGUUUCUGCUGCUUCAGAAAAGUACACCUUUUCCUUAUGGACCAGAGGAAGAGGAAGACCAUUUUAUCAGUCACUGAAAAGAGUCCCCUGGCACUGAUGAGCCUGAAGAGAACUAUGCUCCUUCUUGGGGAGUGGGGAAGGAAGACAGGGACUGCAGCUAUCUCACACUCAGUGGCCUCCAGACAAACUCCGGACAAGCACAGACCUCCCCACUAAGAGCAGCUGGAGGAGCGGUGGCUCUGUGGGCUGGGAGUUUAAUGUCAGCCCCCCAGACCAUAAGCUCCUUGAGGGCAGGGACAGUGCCUUAUUCAUUGUUGAACCCAUAGCACCUAACACAUGCGUGGCAGCACACUCGUGUGCUGGAGUGAGUGCUGCAGAACAGCGUGUGCAGUGCAUGAUGAAUGACUGCGUCCGCCAUGCUGUAAGGCAGGCUCAUCUCUAGCUAUCCCCCUUCCCUGCCAAAUCUUCUCAGAGCUUUAGCUUUUCUAGCACUCGUGCCUAUGGUGAAGCAUGCACUUUAAUAUGCUUUUAACACUAGGUGACCAAAUCACAGUGAAGCCGGGCACUGCAUUCUCCUUGGGCUGUGCUCCAUGCGGGUGGGUGGGAGCUGUCUUCUGAGUACAUCCGAAAGGGCUGAGCAGGUGAGGUCCCUAAGGGACCCUGUCUGGGCCCCACCCAGGAAGAUCUUCCCUCUCAGAUCCAUGUUUGGCUCUAAAUUGCUUCAAGUAGAGAUUCAUUCUUUAAGGUUGAAAAAAUAGUUUAUAGUAAAACGAAGGCCUAAUUCACGGAACCAUCAUUAGUCAUUAAUACCCUCUCAUAAAAUAGAUGGACCAGAUUUCAACCACCGCCUGCCUCCUCUAACUUAGGUGAAGCCAGUAGGUUUGAAGGGGGCAGAGCACUGCAGGGGAGGGAUCUAGGCUGUGAGAGGACAGGGUAGAGAGGAGGAGAACCCUGAAGGAGAGACGAAAGAUGCCAGGAUUUUUGCUUGGACAGCCAUUGCCCUUCCAGGAGACCCUGGAGUGUAUUGAGGGUCGCUGGACUGCUCCACCCAGAGGAGCAAGGCUGUACAAUGAGGGUCUGAAUCUGGCACACCUGUCCCUUAUGUAAAAGGAGCCAUCGUCACAAUACCCUGGGCUGGUUAGCCUCUCCAGACCUCAUUCCAUUUCUAUCUUCUGACCUUGCCUGUAAUCUUUAAAAUAACCCUCAUGGGGUGCCCCUCCACCUUCCUCUGGAAUCUGUUUCACAUUUGCCCCAAAUCUUUGCUGUGGAAUUGGGAAAUCAAACCAGAGUUCUCCUCGCCUCAUUUCCAGCUCAGGAAGGGCCUGCUGGCCUGCCCUUGCCAGCCCUGUUCCCAGUUACACUUUCAGAUCCCUUUGUGCUCGAGACCUCAGAGGGGAGACUUUUUGUUAAAGAGCCUUUAGUGGCAAUGCUACCCAGCUCCCCAGUGUGCCAAAAAAAGCCAGCUCCUGUGUCAAAGGGCUCCCAAAGCUGAUCUCACUCCCAACAGGGGAUGGUGCUGAUAUUAUAAGAGUUGUGUUUUUAUAAAACAGUUCUCAGCAUAGUCCACUUUUCACAUAGUGCCUUACCCGUGGGUAUCAUCAUGUCAGGGUCCCAGUUCAGUUUGUCUGCACAGCAGCCACCCUGCCUGGCAACAGGAGACCCCAAGACCUACACAGUGAACCCCACUGCCCCACAGGGGUUCUCCAGGUGACUUGUGAGAACAGGCCUCCAAGGGAAGGGAUUUAUUUGGGGGCGUAUAGUAGGGGCAAUAUGGUUUAGCACUGAAUUCAAUUUGUCCUUAGGUCUGUGAGUGCAGUCUUCUCUUGUGAAAGGUUUUGGGCAUUGUACAACCCACUCUGCCGAGAAGGUGUGGAGGACUCACCAUGGGCAGGGUCGCCCUGGCCCGCAGCACAUGAGCCUGCACUCACUGUGGCCUUUGUAACAAAACCAGUUGUGGUCCUCAGCAUUUGAAGCAGCUGCAUACUUCAGAGUAAACUAUUUUUCAAUAUUUAGUUUUGUCACAAGAAAUCGAUCAUUGUACUACUCUCACUUAUAGCAGUUAAACAGCAUAGAACUAAAAACCUGUCUGCAUUUCCAUUUUUUCUUUCUGUAUGGUUGUGGGUUUUAGGACAUAGAGCGUUAGAAGGGUUUCUUGAUCAUGUCAUGAAUUCUCCUUUGUCCUGUUUCUCCUGUUUCAUUUCUUCUAUAUAUUACCUGAGCUGUAUAUUACCUGAGCUGGUGUUGUAUCUUCAAGUCCAUAUGCGUAUUUGCAGACCUUUCCCAUUCCCACUCUUGUUGGCUCUUCUGAUUUAUGCACAGAUGGUUCCCAGCAUGUGUCCAGUGUUUCAUGGAUGGGACCAUCCCAGCAACUAAUCAGACUUCCUGCCAGUGUCCUGACCCCCAGGGCACCCUGUUCAACCAUAUUUAAAGAUUGGAAUUUGUAUAAAGUUGCUUCCAAGUUUUAUAAUGCAUCAUUUUACAUCUUUCGUAAUUAAAAGCAGCACAAUGAGGUUGUCUCUGCA